GGGAAUGAGUUAAAGUUCUCUACGAGUCUCUUGACACACGGGAUGUAGGAGAGAGGGAACACAGGGGUGAUAGAAAUUGCUUUAGGAAAAUGUAAAGGACCUAACUUGUUUAACUUAAUUUGGAGUCUUAGCGACUUAAUCCAAAUCAGCCUCUCAGAAGACAGAGCCAUCAUCUCUGUGAUUGGAAUCUACACCUUUGACCAGUUUCUUAAUUGAUUUCCCCUUAGGAUCCUACUUUAAAUUUUUCCCUUAAUUCGAACUUUUAUUUUAUUUAUUUUAAUUUUUUUUCAACAUGUGCACACCACAGCCCAUCUGCCUCGCCAAUGCAACCAUCUGCUCAGGCAAGUCCUGCCUGUUGCCCCCUAAUAACUUCAAUCAGAUUCUUGGCGUGGUGAUGAGCACUGUUAUGACCGUCAUGCUGGCCAUGGUCAUGUUUUCAAUGGGCUGUACUGUUGAGGCAAAAAAGCUCUGGAGUCACAUCUGCAGGCCCUGGGGCAUUUUCAUUGGUUUCCUCUGCCAGUUUGGCAUUAUGCCCUUCACAGCCUUUGCUCUUGCUCUGGCCUUCAACGUGCUUCCAGUCCAAGCUGUAGUCAUCAUCAUCAUGGGCUGUUGCCCUGGAGGUUCCAGCUCAAACGUUAUCUGCUAUUGGCUUGAUGGUGACAUGGACCUAAGUAUCAGCAUGACAGCAUGUUCUUCCAUCCUGGCUCUCGGCAUGAUGCCUCUUUGUCUACUCAUCUACACCUCAGUCUGGACUUCUGCCGAUGCAAUCCAGAUCCCUUACGACAGCAUUGGGAUCACACUUGUGAGUUUACUUGUGCCUGUUGCUGUUGGAAUGUACGUGAAACACAGGUGGCCCAAAGCAGCAAAAAAGAUCCUCAAAGUUGGAUCAGCAGUGGGAAUCAUCCUCAUCAUUAUUAUCGCCGUGGUAGGUGGUGUGCUGUACCAGUCCUCAUGGACCAUUUCUCCUUCUCUCUGGAUCAUCGGAACUAUUUAUCCCUUUGUCGGCUUUGGUCUUGGCUUUCUGUUUGCUCGCUUUGUGGGACAACCUUGGUACAGGUGUCGCACCAUUGCUUUGGAAACAGGCAUGCAGAACGCUCAGCUAUGCAGUACUAUUACUCAGCUGUCUUUCACCCAGGCGGAGCUUGAUGUCAUGUUUGCCUUCCCCUUAAUCUACAGUAUCUUUCAGCUGGUUAUAGCUGGGAUUGCAGUGGGAAUUUAUUACUCACUGAAGCACUCCUGUCAGAAGAAUUCAGCAGAGGAAGAUGGGGAAAGUGCACAGAGCACUAUUGAGUUGGGCUCCAAUAAGGAAAAGCAGAAUUAUGCCUUGGAGAAUGGUGGCUUUCAGCGUGAUGAGAAUGACAACACAGAGGAAAAGGGCAAAGGUACGCAGUUGUGAGCUAGCAUUAAACUCAUCCUCACACUUGCCUGUGUGACUGGACGAGUCAAGAUUGACCUCCUCUAGUGGGAGGUGUAAUCUGCAAGUUCACAUAGUUCAGUUUAUCAUUGUGUAAGCUAUUAAGUACUGAUUAUCAUCUACAACCAAAGAGUGUAUAAUUUGCCAACCCCAGAACAUAGGUCUCUCAAGACAACUGGACUGACUUUUCCAUAUUAAAAAAUCCUUCAAUUCUACAGUAUGUUUCUAUGAUGACUGCCCACAAAUUUACGAACACAAAACUCAACACUAAAUUGUGUAUGGUAUUGACUAUAGUCAAGUUUUGUCUUUUGCCUGCAACAUUCAAUUUAUAUUACAUUGUACAUUCAUUGUGUAAAUAAAAUAAUCUAUUGAUCGACUGGAAUAUUAUCACUUCUCUUGAAAGCCCUUCGGUGGAAAUAUUGACGUGUCCAAAACAUGUAAAUAAUUCCAAACUAUAACAGUGUAGUAAAGAAGAGAAAUCUGAGUCCUUAAUAUAAAAUAUAUAUUGUAUAUAUGGUGCAUAUAUCAAGGAGGUUGAAUGCAAACUAAUUUAUUCAAAUGUUUUUGUACUUUGUAUACACAUAAUUAUAAUGGGAUUUGUUUUUCUUUUGUUUUUUUUUUUUUUUUGCUUUCUGUAUUUUUAUGUAUGAUACCACACAUUUGGAAACAUUUUAACCUUGUUAGAGAACACAAGCAAUGAGAUGUUUUAUAGCAUUAAUUGCUCCACAGCAUUCCAUUUAAAAAAUUGUUUUAUUUUGUAUGUGUUGUAUUUAAAUGCAUCCAAACAACAUGA